CCUUUAGGAGUACUGUGUACAAGAUUCUCGGCAUAAUUUGCCACAAGGCUGAUCUUUUCGUCCUAAGCUCUCAAUUCUAAUACCAGAUUAAAGAUGAUUGCUUUAUGCAAUUCUCCUUCAGAAGAUGUCUUUGACUGUUGUCUGCGAUCUUAGUAUCAUUCUUAUAUAUGCAGCAUAAAGGAGAAUUCUUUUAUAUUGACGCAAGAUGGCGCGCUCACAGAGGCACAAUGAGCCUCAAUCGCCCUUCGAAAGUGAGACAUUCAAUGUUGAGAUGAGCUUGAAGGGGCCUCAGGCAGUUGGGUCCAUGUCAAUCUCCCCCUGUGGACGAGAUGUAGUGCUUGCUUCCCGUGAAGGGUUGCAUGUUAUAGACCUCGAUUCGCCGUAUUCACCACCCCGCUACCUGCCCCACCAUACUCCGUGGGAGGUAGCUGAUGUGCAAUGGUCGCCAUUCGCCGUGCGAGACUACUGGGUAGUAAGCACAUCAAAUCAGAAGGCUCUUGUGUGGAACCUUGGGAUGGCUUCGGAUCAUUCAGCAAUUGAGCACGUCUUGCACGGCCACAGCCGAGCCAUUACCGAUAUCAAUUUCUCCGCCUUCCAUCCAGACCUGCUUGCAACGUGCGCUGUGGAUAGUUUUGUUCAUUGCUGGGACUUGCGCCGUCCUGCACGACCGGCCAUGACAUUUUGUGACUGGUUUGCCGGUGCAACGCAAGUGAGAUGGAAUCGCCAGGACUCUCAUAUCAUCGCCUCCUCACAUGAUAAAUACUUGCAUAUCUGGGACGAUAGGAAGGGUGCAUAUCCAUUGAAAUCCAUCGAAGCGCAUGAGACGAAAAUCUAUGGAGUAGAUUGGAACAGAACCCGUUCGGGAGCUAUUGCAACAUGCUCACUUGACAAGACGAUUAAGUUCUGGGAUUAUACUUCCGAGUCAGCUAGUCCCGAGAGGGUCAUAGACACACCAUUUCCUGUAUGGAGAGCUCGGCACACACCUUUUGGUUGUGGUUUGCUGGCGAUGCCACAACGGGGUAAUAGUGAUUUACAUCUUUAUGAUCGACGUCUCGCCCCAGGCAUGAAGCCGGAUGAUGCCGUACCAGAAGUCCACAAGUUUGAGGGUCAUGCCGGUCAAGUGAAAGAGUUCUUAUGGAGACCUCGGGGAGGGAUAGAUGAUGGCAUUGAUAAUCGCGAAUUCCAAUUGAUUUCAUGGGGAACGGACAGGGAGGUGCGGUUACAUCGGGUCGACCCUGAGAUUUUGCGUAGCGUAGGCUACGAAAAAGGAAAAGGAGCACAUAAGAAUAUCUACAUCACGAGGAAAGAUGCUGUUUAUAGAUCUUACAGAGAUGUCCAAGCAGACCAUGAGGGACAGCGUGGUGCGAUAGGGAAUAAUCUUGAGCGUGGGCUUGCUCGAGGGGCUUUGAGUGCCGGCAUGGGUAAAGUGCCUAUUCCUGCCGGACGUGGCUGGGUUGGAAGUGGCUAUAUGACGUCCAAGGCCGCGAUCCAUGGGAUGACAUCUGCAAAAAAGGAUUCAAACCCAAUCACGUGGAUGAAGGGCGUCAAAAUCGGAAAAGAAAAAGCUUUUCCUUUACCCAAACCUCCUAAUAUGACAGAGUCUGCAUCGUCUUUGCUAUCGCCUGGCUUUCGUGGAAGUGGAUUCUGGGAAGGACCAGAAACGCUGGGAGACGAGGUAACGUAUGUCGGAGACAAAUUUAGCAAAGUCACUUUCGAUAAAGUGGAUAUACAAAAUCGGACAGUGACCAUAUCGAUGAACGGACCAUGGGGCUCUGACGGGAAAGUGGUUUAUGUCAAAGUCGAGAUUAAAUUUCCACAUGACUAUCCGGGACCCUCUGCCCCUUCAUUUAAACUUGAGAAGACUUCGUCACUCGCAGGAGAUGCAGCUGUAAGGAUGUCCCGUGAACUCCGUACGAUUGCCGCAAGUUAUGCAUCAAGAGGGAAAGGUUGUCUUGAAGCAGUUCUCUGUUAUCUGCUCGGUGAACGCAAGCUGGAGGAAAGCACGAUAUGGUUGGGCCCAGAAGAGACAGAAGAUGGCAUCAAUGUUGGGGGCCAAGGAGAAAGCUCCAGUGACGAAGAAGUAGAUGUGGGUGAUUUUCAUGACAUGGAGAUGAGCGGCAACGAUCUGCUUGGGCCCGCGAAUUUGAAUGCGAAUGUCCCAUUGCCAAAAGCCUGCGGCGCCAUUUGGUCGGAGACUGGACGGUUGAUUUGCUUCUUUCCGCCUAAAGAAGAUAAAACCAAGUCCUUGUUGAGUGCUAUUACUCUAAGAGACCAUGAUAGGUUGUCUGGUGCUCCGAAAUUCUUUGAAGGGUUUGGGCGAUUACGUGCAAGAUCCCCUGGCCCUAAGAAUAAGAUGACCUCCAUCAAUGAAGAUGAGGAAGCAUCAGACUCCUCUGAUGACUCUUUGACAUCUUUUUCUGAUUCUGAAUCGAUGACAAGUACAGUAGGCCUGCCGAGCCGAUUUCAACCUCCGAUGGCUUGGCAUGGGAAGCCUCUGCGGCUGCAGAGAAUUAAUUCGACUGAUCUUUCUCAAAAGUCUAGUGCCGCUGGCACCUUGAACACAAAAACGGAGGGAAAUGCUCCGAAGUCUGUGAUUUCUAUCCACAAUUUGGAGGAUUUGCUCCCUGCAAAGAAGGAGCUUGCCAUGAAUUAUGCCUUAUUCGGAGACGGGCCGGAAGUUUGCGCACACAACUCAAAGGUUGCGGCAGAGCAUGGUGCAUACGACAUUGCAGAUAUAUGGGAAUAUAUUGGGCUUGUGCUUUACAAUGAGGUGCCACUCGAAAUAAUGCCACAACCUCAUCGGAGAGAGCACGUUCUUGUGCUUGCGAAGCGUGGUGUGAGCAGGGCUCGGCAGAAACCAAACUCCGUUGAGACUACACCCAGCGAACGCUCGAAAGGGAAAGGAUUUAAAUUCUUGGGCCGUGUCAGAUGGGGAAAACAUCCAUUCGGUGGUUCUUGGUUUGUUGAGGAAUUGUUUAAAUACUUUGAAAAGCUUGCGGACGUGCAGAUGCUCGCUAUGUUAUCCUGCAUAUUUUGUGAACCAGAAGCCAAGGAAGCUGUUGCAACCUCAAUUACAAAACCAAAGAAACAUGAAGCACCGCUCUUUAUGAAGACUCCCGCCUUUUCUUUGGAUUAUUUUGCCGCGGAGGAAGUUGCAUGGAGUCUAUUUCAACCUAGCCCUCGGGUAGCUUCCAACAUCGAGACUCAGCAAUCGAUAGAGCGCACCUAUGGUUCAGCAAAUUCGUCAAAUGGUUUGUGGGGCAACGACCCUAUCAUCCCUUAUUCGACCGGCACCACACCACCUCACCGACAAAAGUCAUCUCGCGCCGUCCUGGAGCCUCCAUCGCAAACUCAAAGCGUUUCCACGUCUCCAGAGCAACAGCAUGCUCGGAGAUCAAACUCAAAUCUUGCCAGCGUCUUUGCCGCGUCCUUUGCGCGCCCGUUUUCUUCGAACGUUGCCGCUUCCUCGCCGCCGUCUCAGACACGGAAACGUCCCAGUCCAAACGAGCCUUUUUCAGGAGCUACCACUGGACAAGGUAUAAGUCGGGGCGGGACUGCAACCCUCGGAAAAGAAUCAGCUCUUAGAGAAGAGCACCGCAACAUCUACUCUCAUUUGUCUGUCGAAGGCUCAGAUACCGAACAAGAAGAGCCAGCACCGAAAAAGCUCAGUGUCAAAGUCUCCCUGAAGAAUCAAAAUCUUUUCGAUGACGAAAGCCGUGUUCCUAUGGCGCUGCUUAAUCCAAGUCAGCAAUCAAAAUGCCGUGGUUAUCGUGAAGCAUACGCAAACUUGCUCUAUAUCUGGGGCUUGCGCUUCUCGAGCUGCGAGGUCCUAAAAUUCAAUAUGCUAAGACCAUAUUUUUCAACUUUGUCGCAAGAAGAAAAAGAUUCACUCAUGGCACUUGGCAAGAGGGCUUCUGUGGACCAAAUGCAGGAUCGUUGGAUGGGCCUUGAACUAGGCGUCAACUGUACUCAAUGCGAGGAUUUACUACCAAAGGCGCGACCAGGUAGCCCAGCGAGCCGAUGCCAGUCAUGCGAAUCGGUCCGUAAGAAUGUUUGCUGCUCCAUCUGCCAGGAAAUCGUGCGUGGUCUUUUCACCCCAUGUCUGAGCUGUGGGCAUGUUACGCAUUCGACUUGUCAUGCCGAGUGGUUUGCGGCCGGCCCCCGUGAAACGGUCGAUGGUGACGCCAAAGAUUCAAGCCAGCCAGAAACAAAAGAGAAGGACAAAAGCUCUGGCAGAUCCAAUCGCCCUAAUGGCAGCCAAUCGACGUCUUCAAUUACUACUGUGGAGUGCGCUGCUGGAUGCGGAUGUCUCUGUCCGCGAGACGCCUUGAUCGGCAGGGAUAUCCACGCUUCUAACGGUGAUUUACUUGGCGAUGGGCGUCUCGAUACAGUCAUGGAAGAAGAUCCAGAAUGGUCUGACGAUCCAUGGGAGAAGCUGGCAGUGGCGGCACUCGGCCGCGGCGUCGGAGGCGGCCUCAGCCGAGGCCUCUCACAGAGCAAAGGCGCCAGACUUUCCCUGAGACGAAGUAGUUCCGGGUUCAUCCCUGAUGAGAAGAACCGUGCUUAGCCACAAACCAUUUUCAAAUUCCGCAAUUACUUGAUAUUUUCCCGUUUGUUCUUUGUUUACGAAUGAUAUCCAGGGUGGAGUUGGGGAUCUAAGCAUCAUCGAGGCGCGAUCCGAUUUCUGGAGUUAAUUCUUAUGGCCAAUCUAUCAAAGGAGCUUCUAAAUGUCUUAUCCUUUAGGAAUCUUACUUGUCUUUGUGGUCUCUAGAAUCUUUGGCCUUCUGGGGAAGGACUAAGGGCUCUGUAAUACUAAAUAAACAGCUAAAUUUUUUCCAGAUUUAUGGUUCAUGCAUAUUAGCUCAAGUAUCUUGUCUGUCGAGAUACCUCUACAGAAUCCUCAGCAAUUCUAUACCAAUACCCAAC